AUGCCGCAGAAAGCCCAGCCUCAGCCCCGAGAGAGUCCAUUCAAGCCAGCGCGGCAGCAACCAGGCCUCGCAUGUGAAGAGUGUCGCAAGCGCAAGGCACGAUGUGACCGCGCCAAACCGCAAUGCGGCUCUUGUAUGAUGACGGGGAGGGUCUGCGUGGUGAACCAUAACAGGCCACGACGGGGCCCUAAGAAGGGGCAAAUUGAGAGCCUGUAUUCAAGAUUGGGUAGAUUCAUUCACGGCAGUCUCUGCAUUAGUUGCUGGAAAGCGGGCAUGCUGACGGUGACAGAGGUUCUAGAAGAGCAGGUGAUUGAGCAGAUGGAGCAUAUAUACCACCCGGACUUCGAACCAAACUCGCAUCCUCGCCAUUCGCAAUCUCACGAUCGGCGUCAACAAUCCGGCCCAGACUCUAGUCCGGAUACGCAACACGAACUACCAUUCCUACAGUCUCCUCCAGCUGCUCGAGACGCUGACUCCGCAGAGCGUGCCCUGCUCCCUUCCCCAGUAUCACCGGUCCGGGCCAUGACAGCCCAAGAACUAUCAUACGCCAGAACAGGCUCAAAUCCAACACAAAAUCCCGGCCUAGAUCUUAUUUUGGCUGACCUAGACCAGCUGUACUUCGAUCGCGUACAUCCCAUUGCCCCCUUCCUGCACCAGCAACGACACCUCUCCCAGCGUGAAGCAGAGUCAUCGGUCCUUGCGCGUGCCUGCCUCCGCUCAGCCAUGCGCACUGUCGCAGCCGCAAUGUCCGCACAGUAUCGACGCUUCGCAGACUCUUUGUACAUCGAAACUAGCCGGGUUGUGCAGGAGCUGGACACGAUCGAGCGGACGCCAUCGCUCAAACAGAUCCAAGCCGUUUUGCUCCUGGCACACUAUGAGCUCCUACGCAUGGAGGAGAACAGGGCACUGGCCACGGUGGGGCGGUGUUUUCGACUAAUCCAGUUGGCGCGGUUGCAAGAUACAGAUCCGUCUACAGAUGCCGGCGCCGGAAGAGAUUUCGUAAAGGAGGAGGAGACCAGGAGGACGUUUUGGGUUGCGUACUGCUUCGACCGGUUCUUGACCUCGAGGAAUGAGUGGCCGUUUACAUUGCAGGAGGAGGCGAUAUGGAUACGUCUGCCCGUCUCCGAAAGCGCGUUCCAGAUCCCCCGGCCCCCUGAGCAACCGAUGGACUACUUACACGAAGCCAUCGCAAGCAGCGGACAAAAGACCCUCCCUCCAUUCGCCGAGUACAUCGUCCUGGCCACACUGCACGGCCGCACAAUGAACCUGCGCCGCAGUGCGCUCCUCCUCUCAACCUCGACGGAAGCGUCGAUGUUCUGGGAAAGACAUAGGGCACUGUCAGACAUUGUCGAGAAGCGCUCAGCCCUGUGGUCAUACAGCCCGUCAGCCACUACACCCCUGGUAACCGCAGAUCCGCUAACGGCGUUUACAUGUCUGUUGGAGAAGACAUUAAUAAUUUAUCUUGGCAAAGUUGGCCAAACUGCUCGCGAGCAGCUGGGUGGGAUGUCCGAACGACGGCUGAUUGAAAACGCAAAUUCCGCCGUGCAGAAUCUAGCAACAAGUGAGCAGGAGACGCUCAUGAACUGUCACAGCCAUAGCCGUAGCUUUGACAUUGGGACUGGGGGAAGAGGUGGGCAUGCCAGCGGGGGUUUGCAGAGAUCAGCUCAGACUGCUGCGGAGUUUGUGGCGUUGGCUAAGUUCAUGUGCCCAGUUAAUUGUUUUAGGAUAUGUUCUGAUAAGAGUGUGCGCAGGCUCACCCUUUCCUUCCAAAUGCAAUAUCCCGCGCAGCAGUCUUUCUUGCUACGUAUGGAAAUGCCGCCGAGGCUGGAAAAAUACGGAAUGAAUGUUGGCGAGAGAGGUACUGGAAGAAUUAGGGCGAUUGACCAUGCCUCCCGCCUCAAGGUUGACGAGAGGCGUGCAGUGCGCGCGUACUUGUAG